GUUUCCUCUCAGCUCUCCUCUCUUGAAGCCGGUUGUUUCCGGGGUUUGGAGUCCUCUCUUCGUUUCCUGGACCUCUCAUCCAAUUGGCUGUCUGCACUGGACCCAGCGGCCUCGCGGCUGCGAGCUGCCGCCAACCUGACGCACAACCCCUGGCACUGUGACUGUAGGAUGCAGCUGUCGAUGCCUCAGUUGGAUCUGGAUCCAUCAUCUCUGAACGAGGUCGUCUGUCAAACCUCUGACCUCCCAAACCUCGGAGCUGUUGGGAUGCCGCUGGUCUUACUGGUGGAGGACUGGGAUCUGUGUCUGUCUGUGAGGAGAACCACCGAUGUGGUGAUGCUGGUCACCAUGUUCCUCUGGUUCUCCAUGGUCAUCUACCUGGUCUGCUACAUCCGACAGAACCAGGAGGACGCCCGCCGCCACGUGGAGUACCUGAAGUCCCUGCAGAGCCACCAGGUGUAGAGGACAGAGUGCCACCUGGAGGAGACCAGGAGGAGGUCAUGGUCUCUAUAUUUGGUGAAAUGGCCCACCUGGUCUCCUGGAGAGGUUGGAAAUCAUCAGAGUCAUUCAUAUCUCCUCAAGGACCCCUGGAAACCUCUCAAGGACCCUUAAAACUCCUUAAGAACUCCUAGAACCUCCUUAAGGACCUCCAGACCUACCUCAGAGAAAUCCAUCUUAAGGAUGAGUUGAUCAU